GUUUGUGCUGUUUUCAGAACAGGUUCGCGCUGUUUUAGAAAAGGUUUGUGCUGUUUCAGAACAGGUUCAUGCUGUUUCAGAACAGGUUCGCGCUGUUUGGGCAAUCAGCUUGUGCUGUAUGGGCAAUCAGCUUGUGCUGUAUGGGCAGGGCAAUAGCCAGCGACUCUUUUCUUCAUGCUUGAACCUCGGCGGUCCUCCUGCAUAUGCGGUAUUGAUGUGUUGCCUUAACACUCUGAUCGUUGUUGAUAACGAGCUCCUAAGCUUUAAGCUUGACGUGUAUGUCGCCUGGGACCAUGGAACGGAGGAAUGUGACAUUGUCACUUUUCUCCGAGGUUUGAUCGGUUUCUCUUCAAGCAUGAUCCAGUAAAUAUUAUCAAUCAUCUCCUUGGAUGAUGCUUGCUUGAUCGGAUGCUCCUCUGAUGUGACCUGGAAUGGCUUGUCGGGUCCCAACACAAAACUUAUGGGUGGAAAGAUAGGAAUAGACAAUAGAAACAACUUGCCACUUGCUUGAGAAAAUUCCGAUGAUGCAGCUGCGGCAAUUCGCUUGGUGUGCUCACUUCUCCUUGCUCAGGUU